AUGUUGCUUACUUAUUAUUUAGUUCAUUCACAAACUGAUACGGUCCGAUUUUUGCACGAUGAAAUACAACGAAUGCGUGAAGAAAUUUCUGAUAAACGUCAAGAUUUGGAGACUUUGGAAAAGAAAACAAGAAGAAAGACUAUGAAAUCAUUUGAUGAUAUUUCGAAAGAUGAGAAACAACGAGAGAAAGCUCUGACUAAAUUGGCUCGUAAAACUAAAUCUAUUAAAAAACAAGGUAACAAUAUUGGAAUAUUUGGAUUAACAUCAACUGGAAAAUCAACCAUGAUUAAUAGUCUUCUUGGAGAAAAACUCGCCGACAUAGGCGUUGGUGAAACAACGAAAGAAAUGACACCAUAUCAUGGUACACGAUAUACUCUUUGGGAUACACCUGGUCGUAAUGAUGAAUCUGCAUAUACAAAUCAGGAAUAUAUUUCUUUCAUCAAAGGAUUAACACAACGUCUCAUUCUAAUUCAAUAUACGAUAAAAGAAAUUUUGAAUUUGAUUCGUUUAUUCGAUGAUCUUGGAUUAGGUUAUGAUAUUGUUGUUAACAAAUUUGAUGAUAUUGAUGAAGAUGAACAAGAUAAAUUUCGACGUCAGAUUCAACGCGAAAUUUUAUCAUUGAAAUUGAAACGCAAGAAGAAUGUAUUUUUUCUAAGUGCUUCAUAUCCUCGAAUGUUUCCAGAUUGGCUAAAAAUGGUUCACUAUUUGACUGAAGAAUGUCUUGAUUACGAUGACUACACAGCUACAUAUACAGAUUCAGAAUCUGAAUCUGAAUUAAAUUCAGAUUCAUCAUCGAGUUCAGAUACGGAUGAUGAUAACUAA